ACAGCAAUCUGAAACUUUUUUUCAUUCCAUCUCCUCCGGGGUCCCGUUCUACCAAGUUUGCUGGGUUCCUUUGGACCACCUUCUUCAUCAUGAUCUGUCUCGUCUGGUUGUGCUGUGGUCUCUCGGUCAUUUCUGGGCAGCAAGAUCCCGAACUCUUAGCCAGAGACCUAGAAGAGGCUGAGGUUAUGGAUUACAACCUCAUCGACAAUGUUGCACGUAGACUCCCAAGACACAUCCGGCUGCUGCAGAGAUUGGAGACCAGGCCCCGGAUGUCUGAAUUCUCUGUGAGAGCCACGAUCAUUUCUCGCUACGCGUUUACCACGGUCUCCUGUACUUUGGUGAACAGCGGCUCGGAGGCCAAAGAAGGCGUCUUCGAGAUGCAAAUACCUGUCACGGCCUUCAUCUCCAAUUUUACCAUGGUUAUUGGCGACAGGGUCUACCAUGGUGAAGUUACUGGGAGAGACCUGAAGCAUGGUGACACAGAGAGAAGGAACAGAUAUUCAAGACCCACAGACGAAGGGGAAAAUGGAGUCGAGAUUUUCCGAGCCUCCGGGACGAUUCCCCGGAAAGCGGAGGCCGUCUUCCUGCUGCACUACCAGGAGCUCCUGCAGAGGCGGUUGGGGAAGUAUCAAUACACUGUCAGCAUCCGACCCCAGCAGCUGGUGGGGAAGUUACGCGUGGAGGUGAACAUCCUUGAAAACUCGGGGAUCAACUCCCUGGAAGUGCCACCACUCCGAAACAGCAGGAGCAGAGGCAGCGGGAACAGUGAGGAUGAUGCUUCCCCACCCCCUUCAACUGUGGUUGGUCAGACAAAAACGUUGGCCAAAGUGACCUUCAGUCCCAAUGUGGUCCAGCAAGCCACGAUCGCAAGGAAUGGCAUCCUAGGAGAUUUUAUCAUCAGAUAUGACGUCAACAGGGAGCUGAGUGUUGGGGAUGUCCAGGUUUUAAAUGGCUACUUUGUGCACUAUUUUGCUCCCAAAGAUCUCCCUCCGCUCCCAAAGAACGUUGUGUUUGUGCUUGACAGCAGUGCCUCCAUGGUAGGAUUGAAGCUGAGACAGACCAAAGAGGCCCUGUUCACCAUUCUCCAGGAUCUGAGACCUGAUGAUCACUUCAAUAUCAUUGGUUUCUCAAAUCGAAUCAAGGUCUGGCAGCAAGACAAACUGGCACCAGUGACUCCCAACAACGUGAGAGAUGCAAAGGUCUACAUCCAUCACAUGACACCCACUGGAGGCACAAACAUUAACGGCGCCCUCCAGAUCAGCACAAAAAUGCUCAAUGACUACAUUGCCCAGAAUGACAUGGAAGCGCGGAGCGUCUCCCUGAUUAUCUUCCUGACCGAUGGGAGGCCCACAGUUGGGGAGACCCAGCCGGCCAAGAUUAUCAACAACACGAAGGAGGCCAUAGGCAACCGAUUCUGCCUCUUCACCGUUGGCAUUGGCAACGACGUGGACUACAAACUGCUGGAGAGGCUGGCCCUGGAGAACUGCGGGAUGACGCGGCGCGUGCGGGAGGACGAGGACGCUGCGGCACAGCUGAAAGGAUUCUAUGAUGAGAUCGGCACACCUCUUCUUUCUGACAUCCGGGUUGAUUAUCCUACGGACAGUGUGGAUCAGCUUACCCAGAACCUCUUCCCCAACUACUUCAAUGGAUCCGAAAUCGUCAUUGCUGGGAAACUCUUCAACAAGACGGCCGACAGCUUACAUGUGGAAGUGACGGCCAGCAACAGUGACAAGUACGUCCUUCUGAAAACAGACGUGGCCAUAGAUCUCUCUGGCAAGCGCCAUGUUGGAGGCGCUUCCAAUGGCGUUGAAGACCCUGCCAAUGAUCAAAACUAUGUGGAGCGGACAUGGAGCUACCUCACCAUCAAGGAGCUGUUGACUUCCUGGCUGAAGAGUGAUGAUAAUGAGGAGAGGGAGACUUUGAAGGAGAGAGCAAAAAAAUUGGCCCUCAGGUAUCACUUCGUCACCCCCUUCACCACUCUGAAGAUGAAAGAGCUUGCACUUCUGGCUGACCUCCCAGAAGAGGUCUACACCGGCCCAUCGAUUGAAGGAGUUGGGGAGAUUGUGCAGGGGCUGCAGGGGCACCGGUCGUUAGCAGGUUCCAUGCCUGGAAAACCAGAAACACAAAGUAUUAACGUCACUAAAACCUCAGCGGAUGGUGACCCUCAUUUUGUCGUCGAUUUCCCCUUGAGCAAGCUAACAGUCUGCUUCAACAUUGACGGAGAACCAGGGGAUAUCCUCAGAUUGGUUUCGGAUCAUAAGAACUCUGGUGUGACCGUGAACGGUCAACUAAUAGGCGCUCCUGCCCCGCGCCACGGCCAUAAGAAACAAAGGACCUACUUCAGAAGCAUCACGAUCCUCAGUGAUAAGCCGGAAAGAUCCUACCUGGAGGUCACCCCCACGAAGGUCAUCCUGGACGAUGGGAAGAGGCUGGUCCUGCCUUGUGACCGCAGUGCCAUGAUUGUAAGCAAGAACCUCGAAGUGUCCAUCUUUGCCCAGUCCAAUGUCACCGUGGCCAUACGGGGGGCUGUCGGUUUCGUCAUCCUGAUCCACCACUACAAGAACCCUGCUCCCUACCAAAAGGACCAUUUGGGGUUCUACAUCUCUAACAGCCAAGGCCUUUCCGCAAGUUCCCACGGCCUGAUAGGCCAGUUCUUAUACCAAGACGUUAAGCUUACUCAAGAGCCUCUUGAACCAGGACAUCCUAUCACAGCAAGUUGGAACCAGAUGAAAGGGGCGGAUGCGAAUUCCGGGAAUGCAUUAAAACUGAAGGGUCGCAUGGUUCCUGUUGUAUGGAAACAAAGGAAGAUCUACAACGGCGAACAGGAAGUGGACUGCUGGUUUGCCAAGAACAAUGCCGAGAAACUGAUAGAUGGCAGCUAUAAGGAUUACUUGGCCUCUCACCCCUUUGACACAGGGACUAGCUCCUUGAUGGAGAACAGACUCGGAGGAGAGGGAAAACCCACUUGGUUCCAGCACAUAUGAAAACAGUCACACUUGCUCAUUGGCAGCACUCUGUAGUAACAUCAAAGAACCCAAAGUUGUGUGUGUUUUUAAAAAGCAAUUCCAUUCACAAGACAGCUGCCUUUUCUCUGGUUAAGAAAGGACACUUUCACAAGUGAUUCCAAAGAAGUCUGUCCAAUGUGGGUUUUAAAAAAAGAAAGAAAACAGCUUGUGAAUGGGGUUCACAAUACACGAAAUUGCUCAUGCAGCGUGGGCUAUUCAAUUGGAAGUAAGCUGGUUAAUGAACAGUCUUUUUAAAAGAUACAUUAUUAUUGCCUUCUGGGGAUUUGGUGCUACA